CGCGGUGGCGCGGGGUGGGGGGCGCGGAGUGGAGGAGGCGGAGGAGGCGGCGGCGAGAAGAUGGCGACUUCGAACAAUCCGCGGAAAUUCAGCGAAAAGAUCGCGCUGCACAACCAGAAGCAGGCGGAGGAGACGGCGGCCUUCGAGGAGGUCAUGAAGGACCUGAGCCUGACGCGGGCCGCGCGGCUCCAGCUUCAGAAGACCCAGUACCUGCAGCUGGGACCCAGCCGCGGCCAGUACUACGGUGGCUCGCUGCCCAACGUCAACCAGAUCGGAAGCGGCGCCGCCGACCUGCCCUUCCAGCCCGGCGGAUUUCUGGGGGACGCCCUGGCAGCGGCUCCAGUUUCUCUGACCCCGUUCCAGUCCUCAGGCCUGGACACCAGCCGCACCACCCGGCACCACGGGCUGGUGGACAGAGUGUACCGGGAGCGCGGCCGGCUCGGCUCCCCACACCGCAGGCCCCUGUCCGUGGACAAGCAUGGGAGACAGACUGACAGCUGUCCCUAUGGCACCGUGUACCUGUCACCUCCUGCCGACACCAGCUGGAGAAGGACCAAUUCAGACUCGGCCCUGCACCAGAGCACGAUGACGCCUACGCAGCCGGAGCCCUUCACCGGGGGCUCCCAGGACGCGCACCAGAAGAGAGUGUUACUGCUGACCGUCCCCGGGAUGGAGGAGACGGCGGCGGAUUCGGACAAGAGCCUUUCCAAACAGGCGUGGGACGGCAAGAAGGCAGGGACCCGGCCCAAGUCCUGCGAGGUCCCCGGAAUCAACAUCUUCCCGUCUGCUGAGCAGGAGAACACCGGCACCCUGACGCCUGCCCCUUACAACACGGGGGGCUCCCUGCCCGACCUGACCAACAUCCACUUCCCCUCGCCCCUGCCCACCCCUCUGGACCCCGAGGAGCCCAGUUUCCCGGCGCUCAGCAGCUCUGGCAGCACCGGCAACCUGGCGGCCACCCUGACACACCUGGGCAUCGGCGGCGCCCAGGGGCUUGGUACCCCCAGCACGUCACCGCAGCAUGGCCCAGCUGGCGUCACCCCGCUGUCCCUGAGUGCCGAGGUCCGGCGACCACCAGCCCAGCCUGUGUCUCCCAGCCUGUCCCCACUGUCGCCCAUAACGCAGGCCGUGGCCAGGGACGCGCUGAGCCUGGAGCAGCGGCUGCCCUACACCUUCUUCGCCCAGGCGGGCUCCCCGCCGCCGCAGCCGCAGCCUCCGCCGCCUGCCGCGCAGCCGCCCCCGCCCCCACCCCCGCCCCCGCCGCCCCCACCCCAGGUGCCCGGCGCGGCACCCCCGGGUGGCCCCCUGAUGCCCAGCGCCAGCCUGACCCGGGGCCCGCCGCUGCCCCCGCUCGUGGUCACAGUCCCGCCCUCUCUCCCCCAGUCGUCCCCAGAGAACCCCGGCCAGCCGCCGCUGGGCAUCGACCUCGCCUCGGCGCCCGCUCUGCAGCAGUACCGCACGAACGCUGGCUCCCCAGCCAACCAGUCCCCCACUUCGCCCGUCUCCAAUCAAGGCUUCUCCCCCGGGAGCUCCCCGCAACACACCUCGGCACUGGCUGGCGUGUUCGCUGAUGCCUACUACGAACAGCAGCUGGCGGCCCGGCAAGCCAACGCCCUGUCCCACCAGCUGGAGCAGUUCAACAUGGUGGAGAGCGCCAUGGGCCCCAGCGGCCUCUAUGGCGCCAGCCCAGCCCUCGGCUACUCGCAGGCGGCGAUGAUGGGGUUGGCGGGCAGCCACGGGAACCUGCCCGAUGCCCCGCAGCUCGGCUACCCGGGUCCCGGCGGGAUCCCCAACAUCAUUCUCACAGUGACUGGCGAGUCCCCGCCCAGCCCAUCCAAAGAACUGGGCAGCUCGCUGGCGGGGCUGGGAGACGUGGGCUUUGAGGCCGAUAGCCACUUCCCGCUGGACGAGCUCAAGAUCGACCCCCUGACCCUGGACGGACUGCACAUGCUCAAUGACCCCGACAUGGUCCUGGCCGAUCCGGCCACCGAGGACACCUUCCGGAUGGACCGGCUGUGAGCACAGCCCGUUCCCUGCGCUCCCGCACCGCUGGGCGGCUCUGCCCCGCACCGCACCGCACGGGCUGCGCCUGUGCCCCCGCGCUUGCCUUGCCGUCCCCGCGGACCCUCCCCGGGACCCUCCUCGCGCCAGGCCCCGACGGCUACAGGCCUGGGGGGACAACCACCGACUGUUGCCAGCCGUCACUGCCGUCCCCGCCCAGCGCCCCAUCCACGGCCACGUGGGGCCCAGCUCGCG